CACAGGAGCUAUUAAAGAGUGAAGAUGGCGGAGGCCGCCGCUGCUGCCGCUCCACGACAGCGGUUCUUCUGCCACUGCUGUCGAGGAGAAAUCGACCCCAAGAUGCCGGAAUACGUUUGUCCCAGAUGUGAAUCUGGCUUCAUUGAAGAGGUGUCAGAGAACUCAAAUCUUCUUCAGAGUCGAGAUGGUGCUGGCGAAGCUGCUGUCGGUGGAGAUGACAUGACUUCACAGUUCGCAGAGCUGUGGCAGCUGCUCUUCAUGGAACAUUCAGCGCUCCUCUCCGAGCCCACCAUCACAGACGCGCUCCGCAGCCGCUCAGGGGUCGAGGCAGCAGUUGGUGAUCCUGCCCCUGGGACAGCGGGACCCGGAGCGUCCGUGGAGGCGUCGUCAGACUGUGCAGAGCCUGUUCUCCUCCCUCAACAAAACCGCCAGCAGAGAAACUCUAGACCGGCUCAGGGACAGGCUGUGGAGGGGAUUGUCCAGCAAUUCCUGGCUGGUCUGUUUUCUAAUUCUGACGGUGCAGGAUCCCAAACCUCCUCGUGGUCUAGCGUGCUGCACUCAAACCCUGAGGAUUAUGCUUGGGGACAAGGAGGUCUGGACGUGGUCAUCACACAGUUGCUCGGUCAGUCUGAAAACACCGGGCCCCCUCCUGCUGAGAAGGAAAUAAUCUCAUCUCUCCCCACCGUUAGCAUCUCCUCAGAACAGGCUGCAUGCCGACUGGAAUGCCCUGUGUGUAGAGAAGAGUACUCUGAAGGAGAAUCUGUCCGACAGCUGCCCUGUCUGCACUACUUUCACAGCAACUGUAUUGUACCCUGGCUACAAAUGCACGACACCUGCCCUGUCUGCCGGAAAAGUCUGGAUGGUGAAGACCAGGGUUUCCAGCCACAGACGGGACCUCCAGGGGCAAUUCCCUCACCGACGAAUGUAGAGGAGCGUAGCACAUUUGAGACUCUUUAGCCUCCUUUUCCUUCACUAUUCUGAUCAAUCCAGGACAGAGAGAGUGCUUCGCAGAGCCCCUAAACAGAGUGCCUUCUAUUUCAAAAGACAUUUCAGCUGAGGCUCUUUCAGCCAGCAUCUGUCCCAUUACCAUUUAUAUCCAUUAAUUGUGUUUCUGCGAAGUACAGUUGUGCCCAAAAUCCUACCAAUGAUGUUUACAGUCCAACCCGAACUUACAUAUUUCAACUAACACAACACGUGGAACAAACGCGGUCUCCGAGGUGGGCCGCGGGCCUGGAGCUCAUGAGCUCUGAGAUAGAUGAUACAGAUGUCUCAGGGGAUACAGUUCAAGUUUCAUGUGCAUAUUUAAUGGCAUGGCACACGUUUACCCUAUAGCUUCUUCAAAGCUUUUGUUUUAUUACCUCACGACGAAGUGAGCACACGGUUCACUUUCCCUUACCUGUCAGUGGAUGACAUCUGCUCCGCACAUGCCUUCACUCUUAUAAGGGCGUCAUAGAAACGCAAAGAUUUAGAUGCUUGCUCAAGUUUUGCACUGUGAGGCGUUUCGUCUAUUGUACUGUACAUGUUUUGGGUUGAUAGUUUGCACUGGUGUUUUCUGUUUGACAUUGCUAUUUUAUGAGUUCUUGUGGAUAGACAGAAAAAGAAACAUGUUUAUUGUGUUUUAAAGCCGUUUAGAUUUCUUUUUGGUGCUUUUUUUUGUGCUAAUCAUCAGGGAUCCUUGACUGCUCCAUAGUUUAAUAUUGAAAAACAGUCCCACUCAUAAUUUGACAUUACAAUAUGACAUUAUAGCACACAGAUAAAAGGUAAAAUGUUUACAAGAAAAAAAAUACCUUUACCUACAGGCCAACCUGUUACAUAUUGCACUCUCAAACUAAUAAAUAUUUAAGAGAAGAAA